AGGUGCCUGGUGGUCAAGGCGGCUCAAGUGUGGCUUUGCACCGCCGCUUCCACACUUUUUCGGAUUUCAAGCCCCAAAAAAUAUCCCCAACUGGCAAAAUUGUGAGCCCCGUGGAAUUUCGACCUUCCUGCCAAUCUCACCUCUCACGUACCAUAGCACCAUCUUGGGCAUCACCCGACCGGCAAGAUGGCUACCGAACUGACCGUGCAGAGCGAGCGCGCUUUCCAGAAGCAGCCUCACAUCUUCCUCAACAGCAAGACCAAGGUCAAGUCUGCCCGUCCGGGUAAGGGUGGCCGGAGAUGGUACAAGGACGUCGGCCUGGGUUUCCGUACCCCCGCUGCCGCCAUUGAGGGCCAGUACAUCGACAAGAAGUGCCCCUUCACCGGCCAGGUCUCCAUCCGCGGCCGUAUCUUGUCCGGUACCGUCGUUUCCACCAAGAUGCACCGCACCAUCAUCAUCCGUCGCGAGUACCUUCACUUCAUCCCCAAGUACAACCGUUACGAGAAGCGCCACAAGAACCUCGCCGCCCACGUCUCCCCCGCUUUCCGUGUUGAGGAGGGUGACAAGGUUACUGUUGGCCAGUGCCGUCCCCUUUCCAAGACUGUCCGCUUCAACGUUCUCCGCGUCCUUCCCCGCACCGGCAAGUCCGUCAAGAAGUUCGCCAAGUUCUAAAUGCAGUCUAUGAGAAUGCUGAAGGGUGGGGGCUUUUCGGAAUUGAGCAUUUCUGGCGCGGUUCUUGCUUUGAGGGCUUGUUAAAUCAGUUACAAUGGGCCGGUCCGGCAGGGGAAAACUGCACGAAACAGUACACAAGUAAAAAUGUGUCAUAGAGGCAGUGCCGACUGAAUGAAAUCCGCCGAAUGAACUUUGACGAAGAGUCAAAACAAAAUGGAUAUGAUACCUUGUUUCGGUGGUUUUGGCAACACUUCAUGAGCCCAUACGUUGUACUUGUCACGAGUUGCUGGUUACUGAUGAAGAGUUCUGAUACCGAAAGAACCCAAAUGCUUUCAUGGGUCAGAAAACGAUAUACGGACAAUCACGAUGUUCGCGUCAAGACUGCUCCAACUACGAUAACGUCACGACACAACACGACAUGUCACGACAUCCACUGCGAAGCUCGAGAUGGGGAUCGAUGGAAGACAUUGAGCGGCUGACACUAAAAGGCAUACGCGCUACUACACUACCUUAUAGUCAUUUAGUCGAAUAGAAACCGGAUGAGCCAAUGUGGCACCUGCAAUACUCGUGCAUUUGUAAUGUAAAGUUUCAGCAGGCUAUCUGAAAGUCCCCUUCCAGUACAAAUUGCGAUGGCAGUUACUCUUAUACAUACGGCCUCUCGCCACUACCCUGCUCAACGUCAAACCUCUCGAUCUCCGACAAGGUGUUGUUCCAAAUUGUUAGAGAAAGGGAAGCGGGAACCCAAUCACAAACCCAUGGCCUCAGUCGAGGACAGUUUAGCAAGCCUAAUUUGUCUAACA